ACAGGUGAUUGUUGAAAUUCGAGGAAUAACUGUGGCAGUCUUCCUAUAAAAAGAGCCCCUCUGGACUAGAGGCAGUUCAGUGAAAAGCCAGCUCAGGAGAUCACCAUGAAGACAAUCAUUGUUCUAGCCUUCCUGAUCGGAGCCACCAUUGCAGUGGACUACUGUGCUCUGCCCACUUGCCUGGAUAAGCACAUAGCCUGCAAUAACAAGGGAAACUUCAGCGAAAACUGUCCCAAGGAUGUGCGUGAGGUGAAGAUAGAGCCCCAUCACAAACUUAUCCUUACCCUCUUCAACGAACUGCGAAACAACGUGGCUGGAGGCAAAAUAGAAGGUUUACCCAAGGCGAUUCGCAUGGAAAUGUCCUGGUGCGAGGAGCUCUCUCAUCUGGCCCUGCUCAACGUGCACACCUGUGAAUCUCUUCCUGACAAGUGUCGCAGCACGGAGAGAUUCGCCUACGCUGGCCAGAACAACGCCAUCUUCAGUUACAGUGGAGCGGAGACAGAGUAUACCGAUGCCGAGCUAAUCAAGGAGCAGAUCGAGAACUGGUUCGCACAGCGCUCGAACGCCUCACCCGAGAUCCUCGCCAGUUUCCCGGAGGAACUGCCCAGCAAAGAUGUGGCCAAGUUCACCAUUUCAGUGGCCGAGAAGAACACCCAUGUGGGAUGUGCCGCCGUGCGCUUCUCCCGCGACUUCUACAACCACUUCGUGCUGACCUGCAACUUCGCCACAUCCAACAUCGUGGGCCAGCCCGUUUACACUCCCGGAGAGAAGUCCACCACGGGAUGCAAAAACCGCUAUGGAGCCGCCUUCGACUAUCCUAACCUGUGUUACGCCAAGGAGAUCUACGACAACGAAAGGUCGUUGAGGGCACCCACGUUUUUAAAACUGUAAUGGACUCGAGUGAUAACGACAACCAAUGAUCUUGAACUUUUUUCUUAUACAA